AAAAAGGACUACCGCAUCGACUCCCUCUCUCCAGCAUUACAAUGUCUGCCCCAGAAACCGCUACCAAAUUCGCACCUACCCAAUCCUCCUCCGUUCUCGGUGGACAGAUCGUCGGCCGCACUGAGCGCCAGGCUGCCCCUCCCGCAGCUUUGAAGCUCCGUCUUGACCUUAACCUCGAGGUUGAGAUUGCCAUCCAGGCCAAGGUCAACGGUGACAUUACCUUGUCGCUCCUGUGAGUGUUUUGGUCGUGUUGGCACGUCGUCGGGUUGACUGUUUGUUUUCAUAGUGAGUAAACGUGCCACGCGCACGGGGAGAUGGUAUCAGAGUGCAUUCGUCAGUUCGAGGUGGGACUUGCCACCUGGUACUUGCGGUUUUCGUGCUGACUUGUUAGGGCCUAGUCGUACCGGUUACAUUCUUCCUUUCAUCCUUCGUUGACAGUGUCUUGUUUCUAUACCUACUAGAUACCAAUG